UGCAUUCCCAUGCGCCCAGACGUCGACGACGCUGACCGGCCGCGCCAGCCGAAGGCCGGCGACGCGGUCGUGGCCUUGAUCGCCGGCCUCGUCUGUGUGCUCGUCUGCGUCGCUAGCCUCUUUGGCAACGAAGCAUAUGCAACCCGAACCCACGACGGCCUCUCGGGCGCCCUCGCCGAUGUCGUCGCGUACGACUCGACGCUGGACGCGGCAGCGCUGGACGGCCGCCUGGUGCACAUCUCGGCGCGCCUCAUGGGCGAAGGCAAUGCGCGACCGAUCGUCUCGGACCGAGAGUUUGGCAUCGCGGUCGCCGGCGUCCACUUGCACCGGACCGUCGAGAUGUACCAGUGGCGAGAGACCCGGCACGACCACACGUACUCGGAAGACGGCGAAGAGAAGAAGGACGUGACGUACUCAUACGACGAGGUGUGGAGCGAGACGCCGAUCCACAGCGACAGCUUUGACGACCGCAGCUACAGCAACCCAACGCUGUGGCCAUAUGGCUCUCGCAAGACUACACACCCAGCGUUGCACGUCGAGGCGUACGCGCUCUCGCAUGCGAUCGUCGACUUGAUCGCGACGCCGACCGAGCCGAUCCGCCUGGACCAGCGCUCGCUUCUCCAGAUGGAGUCGGUCUUUGACUUGGCGCUGCAUAUGCCGCAGGCCGUGGACGAAAUCCCAGCGCUUGUCGACAUGUACAUUGACGCCGAGUCGGCCUUUCUGUCGCGCCCGCGUAAGAACGAGCCGCGUCCGCACCGCAACGCGAUCGGCGACGUCCGCGUCUCGUUCGCUGUGACGCCGGCCAAGCGCGUGAGCAUCCUGGCCAUGCCGCUGCACGGCACGCUGGUGCCCUACACAAGUGCUGGCGGUGUGCCCAUCGCGCUGGUCCACGACGGUCUCGUGCCGGCUGAGACAAUGCUCUACCACGCCAAGUCGUCGCUCCGCUGGAAGACAAUGGGGUGGCGCGGCCUAGGACUCGCGCUCUCGUGUCUCGGUUACUACGGCGUCCUCCAGCACUAUCUCCACACGACGCUCUUUGUCCCGUCGGCGAUGGGCCCGCUGCAUCUCAGCGUCCGCCCGACCAACCGACUCGCACUUGCACUGGCCAUGGGGUGGAGCACGACGUGGUGUACGAUCGCGCUCGCGUGGCUCUGGCAAGGAUUUUGGCUUCUCUCGCUUGGGCUACUGUGGCCUGUGGGCAUUUUGCCCGUCGUGCUCCUCCUGUUGUCGGCGUCGCGCCACAAAUUUGCCUCGGAUUAGCUCACCUGUGGCACACGAUGGUUUGCUGCUGGUUUACUGUGGUACCCCAAGCGCCUGUACAGCGUGCUUCUGCAGUUUAAAAAAUAAGGAGC